AUGAAGUCAAAGGCGGCACUGGCGAAUGGCGGCGGCGGUGACGACGACGACGACGAUGCCGAUGGCGAGCAGCACAGCAGCGAUCAUUUCGAGGGAGAUCCACGUCCAAUGCCCUACGCAUUCGAAAAGGAACUAAUCGACAAUUCGAACAAACACAUACGCAUCUGUGAAGUUUUUGUGCCCUCUAACAAAGUAUAUCCAAUCACUAGCAAAUUUUACGCCAAAUGUGAGCCACAGCCGAUUUCAGCGGCGCAGACGCAGCGCCACAGAAACAGUAAACCGCUCACGGAGUAUCCGCUGCUGGAGUCGCAGGUGUACGGGUGGAUACCGUUGCAGUGUCGGGAGGCUGCCACCUAUUUGAAUUGUAUACAUGCACCGAAGCGACGUUGCCGUAUGACAAGACACGGCGAACAGAUUAUAGCUGGGCGCAUUACUGAACGGCCACCAUUUAACGGCCUAAAAUUCAUACUUCAUUAA